UGAGCAGAAAAAAGUCACAUUAAACACUUUCUUGGAUACUCUCAUGUCGGAUCCCCCGCCACAGUGUCUAGUGUGGUUACCACUUCUGCAUCGACUGGCAAAUGUUGAAAAUGUCUUCCACCCCGUGGAGUGUUCCUACUGCCACAGCGAGAGCAUGAUGGGGUUUCGCUACCGCUGCCAGCAGUGUCACAAUUACCAGCUCUGUCAGGACUGCUUCUGGAGGGGCCAUGCCAGCGGUUCCCACAGCAACCAGCACCAAAUGAAAGAGUACACGUCAUGGAAAUCACCUGCUAAGAAGCUAACUAAUGCACUUAGCAAGUCUUUAAGCUGUGCUUCCAGCCGUGAACCUUUGCACCCAAUGUUCCCUGACCAGCCUGAAAAACCUCUAAACCUGGCUCAUAUUGUGCCCCCCCGCCCUGUAACCAGCAUGAACGACACACUCUUCUCCCACUCCGUUCCCUCAGGAAGUCCGUUUGCAAACAGAAGGUUACUUGGGGGUAUAAAUGCAGCCAGUCCUGUGGCUGAUGAGCAUUCUCUUAUAAAGCUGUAUGUAAAUCAGCUUCACAACAAUUCACGCGUGCUCGACAGUGCAAGUCGCCUGGAUGAAGAACAUAAGCUGAUCGCCAGGUAUGCAGCAAGGCUGGCAGCAGAAACUUCUUCAUCACAGCCGGGUCAGCAGAGAGGGGCAUCAGAUAUCUCCUUCACCAUUGACGCAAACAAGCAACAAAGGCAGCUGAUUGCAGAGCUUGAAAAUAAAAACCGAGAAAUCCUGCAGGAGAUCCAGAGGCUGCGACUUGAACAUGAGCAAGCGUCUCAGCCCACACCGGAGAAGGCACAACAAAACCCCACCCUCCUUGCAGAGCUCCGACUCCUGAGACAGAGGAAAGAUGAGCUGGAACAGAGGAUGUCUGCUCUCCAGGAAAGCCGGAGGGAGCUUAUGGUUCAGUUAGAGGGCCUCAUGAAACUGCUGAAGACCCAAGGGGCGGGCUCCCCGCGUUCCUCGCCCAGCCACACUAUCAGUCGACCAAUUCCAAUGCCCAUCAGGUCUGCCUCUGCCUGCUCCACCCCGACCCACGCACCUCAGGACUCUCUGACCGGGGUGGGAGGAGAUGUGCAGGAAGCCUUCGCACAAAGUGCAAGACGAAACUUAAGAAAUGAUUUGCUGGUGGCAGCAGAUUCAAUCACCAACACUAUGUCUUCUUUGGUAAAAGAACUAAAUUCUGAAGUGGGCAGCGAGACAGAAAGCAAUGUGGAUUCUGAAUUUGGACGGACUCAUUUUGAUGACCUUGUUCCAUCCCCAACGUCUGAGAAGGCUUUCCUCGCGCAGAUCCACGCCCGGAAGCCAGGGUACAUCCACAGCGCUGCUGCCACCGGCUCCAUCCGCAGUGACAUGGUUACAGAAGAUGGAGACCCCUAUGUCAGAGCGGAUGAUGAAAAUUAUGAGAAUGACUCUGUCCGCCAGCUGGAGAACGAACUGAAGAUGGAGGAGUACCUGAAGCAGAAGCUGCAGGAUGAGGCAUACCAGGUCAGUUUGCAAAGUUGAGUGCAAUAUCCUUCUCUCUCUCCUCUCAAGUAAG